AUGGGCGAUAAGCGAAAGCGCGACCAGGUCGCUGCGUAUGAAAACGAUGAAGCCGUUGUUGAUACCACGAAAUCAAAGAAGCUAAAAUCGCUCGACAAGGAGAAGUCAAAGAAGGAGAAGAAGGACAAAAAGGACAAGAAGGAAAAGAAGGAGAAGAAAGAAAAGAAGGAAAAGAAAGAGCGGGAGAAGGUGAAGGCGAAGGACGAUGUGGAGGAGGAAACCAAGCCAGAUGAAGAGAUGGAGUCGCCGGAGGAACCGAUGAAGGCCAAUGGCUCAGCUGGCAACGACGAGAUGGAAGUGGAUGAACAACCAAAUGGAGACAGCAAGACGGAAAAGAGCAAGAAGAAGAAAGAAAAGAAGGAAAAGAAAGAGAAGAAGAACAAGGACGAGGAGAAGGCUGACAAAGAAGAAAAGAAAGAGAAGAAGGAAACGAAGGAAAAAAAGAAGAAAGCCAAGAAAGAAGAGAAGAAAGAGGAAGCAAAUGGCACCGAGGAGGUAGCAGAAUCUACACCAGCUGCUAAAGCUGAAGCGGAUGCGCCUACAGAGAACGGUGCUGAGGAGGCCACCGAAACCGCUGUUGGCGAAGCUGAGAUGGAAGCAGCUCAGAAGAACCAGAGAUUCAUCGUCUUUAUAAGCAAUCUACCGUUCUCCGCCAACCAAGAAUCAGUCACCAAACACUUUGAAAAGCUCCAACCUACCUCGGUCCGCGUUCCACUAGAAAGAUGCGGAAAGAAGGGACGUGGUUUCGCAUUCGUUGAAUUCGCUGGAUUCGACCGCAUGAAGACUUGCCUAAAACAAUACCACGGCACUAUGUUUGAGGAUGGGAAGAAGCCUGCCCGCAAACUCAAGGUUGAAUUGACUGCUGGAGGCGGUGGUUCAAAGUCCGAAGCCCGCAAGAUGAAGAUUCUCGAAAAGAACCAGAAACUAAACGAGGAGCGUGCCCGUGAAGCACAGGAGAGCGCAAAACGAGCCAAGGCGGCGCCAGCAACUAACGGUGCUGCGGCGGUAGCAGACGAUGAAUCGCACAUCCAUCCAAGCCGAAGGACUAGGGUUCCCGUAUAG